CACCCCGCGCCGGGGAAGGGUGUUCCCGGGGCGGGCGAAGGGCGGGAAGGGGGACGGGUUAUCGAGAGGGAAAAUCGGCGGCCGUCGGCGCAGAGUGAGCUCGCGUUCCGCGCCGGCGGCUGGGGCUCCUCGUCCGCCUCUGGCCAUGGGGCUGCAGCCCCGGCGCGCCGCGGGGCCCUGCCCGCCCGCGGGGAGAAGCACCGCCCUGCCCGGAGCGCGCUCCGCUCCUCCCUGGGCCCGCAGCGACGAGCCGGAGGGAACUCCCGGGCGCCCCGCCACGCUGCCGCCCCUCCUGCCGGCCAUCCUGCCGACCCCCUCCGCUUCCCCCGCUGCCGCCCGGGCGCAGCCCAAGAAGCCGCCGGCGGCCGCCUCGGCCCCUAAGAAGGCAGCGCCUCGGCCCUCGGAGGAGAAGGCGGCGAGGAAGGCGCGGGGGGCGCCCCCGGAGCGGCCGGGGCCCCUCUCCAGCUCCUGGCCCUGCUCAUCCCUGCAGCGGCCGCCGCAGCGGAGACCGCCGGUCGAGCGGGCGGCGCGUCCCCAGCCCGCCCCGCCGCAGCCGCGGGGCCGCCCGGGGGCGGGCAGCCGCUCCUGCGAGAGCCUCGGCGGGGCGCCGGGGGAGGCGGCGGGGCGCUUCUCGCUGAGCCUGCCCCCGGAGGCCAUCCGGGUGCUGCAGCGCCGCAGCCUGGAGCGGCAGCGGGGGCAGCCCGCACCCUCCCCCGCGGGCAGAGCCGCCCCGGCCCGGCGCGGUGACCUGCGCGCUCUUCUGAAGGUUUCGCUGCUCAAUGACCGGCACCGCUACGACGACGAGGAGUACGAGGAGGAGGAGGCAGGGGCCGCGGCGGACGAGGGGCUGGUGCGGAAAUGCACCGAGUGGCUGCGCGGCGUGGAGAGCGCGGCCGGCCGCGACCACCCCGAGCGGCUGGAGACGCUGCCGCACUUGGGCACCCUCUGA